AUGACAGCACCUAAUAAACCAACACCAAUUAAUGUAUUUAAUGAACACGGGGGAAAUCCUGGUGUGCUCGGAAGAUGUGCUUGUGUUUAUUUGUCCGCGCCUCACGUGCACCGCUAUCUCGAAAUUAAUAACAACGCAGGAUUCCGCUGCAGCUCACAAGGCCAGGUCAACUCAGCAGUGGCUGCAAAAGAACAUUCCAGGGUUUAUCUUUGCCUCAGAUUGGCCCUCAGGAAGCCCGGAUCUCAACCCACUAGAUUAUCUGCGUUGGUUCAAACUAGAGAGGAUGGCAUGCCACAGAGCACAUCCUAA